AUGCCACCCCUCUACUCUGUCCCUCGUCCCGUGAGUAUUUCUUGCGAUUGUCGCUCCCACAACGUUCCACCGCCUGCUGCAGCCUUCUCUCCUCCUCACAACACUGUGUGGAUAUUUCACGGCGAUGAAGAAUAUUUAUCUUUAAGUGAUGAUGAUAAUCUUCACGAUUCCCCACAUGAUGAUCAAUACAUUGAUGACGUUGAUAUUAUGUUAGAAGACAUUCAGGCUGGCAGAUUUAGUGGUGUGCCUUCAAACGAGUCAUUCAAUGGUGGGGGUACAACCUCAGUCGAACCUGAGUCAACCAAAUCUUUCGAUCAGUUGUUGGUUGACGCACGUCGUCCUCUUUAUGAAGGUUGUACAAAGUAUUCAAAACUUUCAUUUCUUGUCAAGUUGUUGCACAUUAAGACAUUGGGUGGUUGGAAUGUGAAGUCGUUCGACAUGCUUCUACAAUUAUUGAAAUCAACUUUUCCCAAUGCCCUUUUGCCUAACUCAUAUCAAGAGUCACGUAGCUUGUUGCGAGGGUUGGGCUUUACUUACACCAAAAUCCAUGCUUGUCCGAAUGAUUGCAUUCUUUAUUGGAAAGAAGAGUGCCCAAAAUGUAAGGUGUCAAGGUGGAUAUUCAACAAAAGUAAGCAAAAAAGUAUUCCUCAGAAGGUCCUGCGACAUUUCCCACUGAAGCCAAGAUUACAAAGACUGUUUAUGUCCCAAAAAAUAGCAGCUGAAAUGAGAUGGCAUAGAGACCAGCGCAUCAAUGAGCAUGGUGUUCUAAGACAUCCUGCUGACUCUGAGGUCUGGAAAGCAUUUGAUCAACAAUAUUCUUGGUUUGCUCAAGAUAGCCGCAAUGUUAGGCUUGGUCUAGUUAGUGACGGUUUCAACCCAUUUAAUAAUUUGAGUAAACCAUAUAGUAUAUGGCCAGUUAUACUUGUCCCUUACAACUUGCCCCCGUGGUUAUGCAAGAAAGAUCAAUUUUUCAUGACUUCACUCCUGAUUCCUGGACCGAGGUCACCAGGUAAUGAGAUCGAUGUUUACUUGCAACCUCUAAUAGAUGAACUAAUUGAUUUAUGGGAAAAUGGUGUUGAUACGUACGAUGCUAUGAUAGCUCAGACGUUCCGAUUACAUGCAGCUUUAUUUUGGACAAUUAACGAUUUUCCUGCAUACCGUAACCUUUCUAGUUGUAGCACUAAGGGAAAAAUGGCAUGUCCAUCAUGUAGGCAAGAAACAGAUUCGAUGUGGUUGACAUAUAGCCGAAAGCAUUGUUAUAUGGGUCAUCGUCGAUUCCUGCCAUCGGGUCACAAUUGGAGAAAAAAGAAGAGUAUUUUUAAUGGUAGUGUAGAACAUCGUGAACCACCUGCACACUUGGCAGCUGAAGAUAUCAUCAAUGAGAUACAAAAUAUUCCCUUCAAUGCUGAUUUUGGAAAAGCAAAUAAAAAAAGAAAACGUACCACUGAGGAGUUGAAUUGGACGAAAAAAAGUAUAUUUUUUCAAUUGCCAUAUUGGUCUCGGCUAAAGAUUAGACAUAAUCUAGAUGUUAUGCACAUUGAAAAGAACAUAUGUGACAACAUUUUGGGAACAUUGAUGAACAUAACCGGAAAAACUAAAGAUCAUGUCAACGCACGCUGUGACCUUUCCAAUCUUAAUAUAAGGAAGGAAUUACAACUAAAUCAAGAUGGACAGCGCAUCACUAUGCCACAUGCAUGUUUUACCUUGUAUGGAGUUGAGCGGACAGGUUUCUGUAAUUGGUUGCAUGAUGUUAAAUUUCCUGAUGGCUUUGCUUCUAAUAUUGCGAGAUGUGUUAGUGUUGUUGAUUGUAAAAUCUCCGGUAUGAAAAGUCAUGAUUGCCAUAUCUUCAUGCAAAGAUUACUUCCUGUUGCAAUUUCUGGAUACCUACGACAAGAUAUACGAUUGGCACUAACUGAAUUCAGCACUUUUUUCAAAGAGUUGUGUGCUAGAACAUGUAAAGUUGAUGUCUUAGAAAGGCUUCAGGUUGAUAUCGCUAUCAUUUUGUGCAAGCUUGAGAUGAUAUUUCCACCUAGCUUCUUUGAUGUAAUGGUCCACUUAGCCUACCAUUUGCCACGUGAGGCCUUGCUUGUGGGACCAGUUCAAUAUAGGUAG